AUGGCGAACUCACUUUGCCCUGUUUUGAUGAUAGCAUUGCUCGUCUUUAGCUUCCGUGGGGCUCAUUCUAACUGUGAAUUUCAAGAAUUCACGUCCGAUAAAUGUAGAAGCGCAGACCACAUCAUCGUUGAAGAUCAGAGGGUGGAGAAGCAAAAAGAGAGUCAAACAGAGGCACAAACCAGCAAAAGAAUCCAACUCCCUGACUUACAAACAAGUGUGCGAUGGUUUUGUGGCGGCACAGCGGAGCGUGCAGCGUGGAGUAAACCAGCCAACCAGCUACGCGUGUUUUACCGAAGCGACGGUACAAUUCAAUGGAGUGUUUACAAGUGCACUGACCUCUCAGGUCCUAAGAAAGCUGGGGAGAACUGUGCUGUGCCGGAAACCACUGAAUUCUGCCCCAAAUUCGACGGAGCCAACUCUAGCGCCUGUGUGUUUGAGCUGAAGAAGUCGACGUCCCAGGUGAACUCGAAAACUACUACAGUAUCAAUUGAAGGCAAACUAAGGGGGGAGGUAGAGAAGCAAGCUGGUCCCUUGACCGCUAAGGGGUCAGCAGAGGUAACAGGCGGAUUUUCUCAGUCAUACACCAAGGCUAAAGUAGUCAGCUAUGAAACCCGACGUUUCCUUGUCAUUCCUCCAGGCUUCUCCUUCUGCGCUUUUACUAACAAUACCAGUGUUUCUGAUGUCCAUUCCGCCACCGGCUUUCGUUGGAAGUGUUCCUUUCCUGAGUACAUUCAAUCACAAGAACAGUUCCACAAUGGGCGCUGCACAAGUCUGGAAAUCUGUGACGUCGGU